AUAGCUGGUCAAAUUUAUCUUCAGGUUACAAGACACUCCUUUUCAGUAACUUAGCUCUCCAGUCAGAGCUGUUUAUUCCUGAAUGAUAGAAAGACCUGUCAGGGCUAUUUAUUACUGAAUGAUAAAAAGAUCCAUGCCAUUUUGUCAUAUAAUCCAAAGUUGUAAUGUUAAAAGAUGUAGAUAUGCCAAUAGCUGUUCUCAGUUAAUGCAGAUACAGAUCUGAAAUUCAUAUAUUCAUAUACUUGAGUGUGUAUUAGGUUUAUUUCAAACCUGGAUCAAGUUUGAACAGUCAUUUCUCAAAAUGUUGAUAAAAGUAGAUUAAAUAGUGUGAACUAUUAGAUCAAGUGAAAAUAUAGAAAGCAGUUAUUAUGGGAUGCUCAAAACCAGACAAGGUGGUGUGAAUAUACUUAGAAAAAAAAGGGUGUUGGUUCUUUCUUGUAUUAUAGAAAUUCCUCUGAAAGCAAGUAGUGGAAGAAGCACAAAAGCCAUUCCCUCAUCCACCACCAUGAAGGAAAGCCAGGAUUUCCAGAAAUGAGAAAUGAAUGGUGAGGCACCUCAGCAGACCUUGUUGUUGAUGGCCAGAAUAAAGUCCUUGGAAAUGGCAAUUAAAUGAGCUGGAAACCUGUAAGUAAUUUGGAAAAAAUUAUCAAGACAGAUGCCACACUGCACUUAAUGAAGAUCUAGAGUAUUGGGCUUCAGUUGUGUGUGGUUUUUUUGGUUUUUUUUUUUUUCAUUCGGUUUGGAUUUUUAAAUGGAGAAAAAUUAUCUAUUCAUGCACCAAGGAAAUAUUUAACACUACUAGCAGAAGAAAGCUUAGUUAUUGCUGAAGGCACAUACAACUGUGGCAAAAAAUGCAUGCUAGAAUAUAGUAUGAGCAAAAUACUCUAUCAGUCACUGGACUUCACCCGAAAUAAAGUGUGUUGUGCAAUUCAGUGUCUGAAAAGGAAUUUCCCUAAAGUAGAAGGGUUUGAAGAAGGGCAGUAAAAUGAUUUCUCCUAUGAUGGCACUGGGAAAACAAAUACAAAACCUUAAUAAAACUGAGUAGUGAAACAAAUAGCAAAGUAGAGGACUUUUGUUCUGUCUUGAACAGGGGGACAGGUAAAUGAAACUGAAUUGGAUUUACAUUUGGACUCAACCAUUACACUCCAUGCUCAGAAUUUGAUCUGAUCAGAGAUAAGGGUGGAGCAUGAAGGGGCAGAUUGUCCUCACAUUUAUCUCUCAGCAGCCUUUCAGUCUUCUGCAGAAAUGCCUGGUGUUGGCUGGUGUCAAAGGGUGUUAAAAGGGAUGGAUUCGUUGUGUGACCCCAUCUGAGUUAAAGCACCAGCAUCUAAGCUAUUAAGAGGAUAGCAAAUGGCUUCCAUUCAUGAAACAAACAUUUGAAUGUGAUAAACCUUUUCCAGGGGAAUGGUCUUUCCCUGAGCAUAUUACAUUUUAAAACAGUAAGGGAUGUUACCAGUGUGUUCAUUUCGUAGUAGCUGUCCAGUGCUGAAUGUUUGCCGUAUGAGGGAUUGAGAGAUCUGGUCCUGUUACUCGCUGACCAGAUAUUUUACAAUCAUUUCAUCAGGAAAGUGAGCUGAGAUAUUAAUUUACUGAAGUGACAUUAUGUCAGAUAUUACUGUUGAAAUGUUAAGCAGAUAUCUUGUAGUCAGUAAUGUUCUUCAGUGCAUGAGAAUUUAAGCUUUUUCUCUCAGUGUAGAGUCUGACUGCAAAGUCCAAAGUCCUUCCAGAGGACAUUCAGUAUUUGUAAAGCCUGUAGAUGAAAGGGAAAGAAGCAAGCAAUUCUGAAAUUUGUUUAUGCAUCACUUUCUUCUGUAUAAAUUAGAUAUUUGGUUGAACAAGUGAACUAACUCUACUUUUUGCUCUUAGAUAAUAACCAUUUAGACUUCAAAAGGGCUUUUCUUUGCCUAAAUCAUGGAGUAGCAGGAGCUGAAAAUUACCUGGAACUCUUAACAGAAACAAUUCUCCACAGAGCCUGAAAGUACAUAUAAAUGUUUGCAUACCCACAAACAGCUAUACCUAUUUGUAUGUAUGUGUGUGUAUGUGUACACAUGCAUGCAAAAAUCCAGCCAGAUGGUGGGAGAAGGGCACUCUGGCUACCUCAGUUUACUGUGUAAAGCUCAUGGUGUGUCAGGUGCAGCAGAAAUACUGUAUUUGUCAUCUUUUCAUUAAGUAAGGUCUGACCAGGCUAUAUAUCGCUCUCACACAUUUCUCUUUGCCACUCUGCUGCCAUACUUAAUGUUUUGGCAGCCUUUUCCUAGCAAAGAAAGUUAGAUGCCACAAGGUCAGUCAGUACAUUUUAUUUGCCAGACCAAGCUGUUCUUGGAACAAGAAGGGUAUGGGCAAUAGGAGGGACAAGGCAAAGGGGAUAGAUUAGCUUUAUACUAGUACUUUGAGACCUGCGUAUUUUCUAGUCUUAACUGUAUAGCUAUAUUUAUAUUAAAAGAGAAAGUAAGUAGUAGGCAACUUCAUGCUGAGAGAUGGAAGGGUGGUAAGACAUGGCUCUUGCAAAUUGUCAGAGUGAUUUAGUAGGGUCUUUUGUAUAACUUAAGGAGUGAUCACACAGCAGAAGUAUGCAUUUUAAAAUAGCCCUACAGACUGCACGCAGAUUAUGUAACAGGAUUUUUCCAUUACUGUGGUCUGGGUUAUAUUUAUUUCAAAAGACAUAAUCUGGUGUAGUUCUCAGUACUGAAAUGCAAAACUGAUAAUUGAAAAAUAGUGGACAAGCAUUCAGCAGCUAGCUGCACAUAAAAGACUUCACCAGAAACAGUUUCUAUAAUUUUAAAAUCAAUAGGAAAAUAAAUCUAAGGCUAAAAGAGAUAGAUUAUGAGUUUGGAUGGAUAUCUAGAAAGAUCUUCCUAGAUGUAUCCUAAUAGAAGCAGGCAUCUGUAUUCAUUCCUUUAAUCUGAGGUAGUGUAUUACAAGGUGUAUGCUGCUAAUGCUGGCCAUGGUUGCAAGAAAUGAGCAAGGUACCAAACCACAGAAUUUGAAGCACCUUUGGACAAUAGUUGGUAACCUCCACAAGCUGUUAGUUAGGCCUGCCAUGUGCCCAGCAUAAGGUAGCAGCCCUCUCAGGACCCUGGGGCAUAAGGCAGCAGAAGGAAGCUCUGAGCUUUCUGCCAGCUGCUUCUUUCUUUCUUGCCCAGCCUCCUGAGGGGCAGUACCUAUCUCCAGUAGUUUGAAAUGUUAGGUGUUGCUGCCUGUGCCAGGGUUAUGGUCAGCACACGGAAGUUGGUGAUAAAAGGCAGGAUUCCUGAGAUCCAUAUGGGAUGGUAGAAGGAUAUACCUCCUGCAGUUGAGAAAGAUGAGGGCCAUAACAGGUUGGACUUCAUCCCAAAUGUGCUUGUGGUGAUGGAAAGAAAGUUGUGAAGAGUUCCUAAAAUGUAACAGCUGUGGCUAUGUCGAAUUCCAGCACUAUGUGCUAGAAAACUAGUGUACAUCUGUGUUGCACAGGACAUCCUAUCUUACCACAACCCAGAUCACUGUCUUUUGGUUGUGUCUUGCCAACACUGUACCCAAAAUGGGGAUGGUAGCCAAGUGGUAGAUGUACCUGUAAGUGUUCUCUUUCCAUUGCUAUGAAAUCACAAGUCUUUAGAGAGGACAUGAUGUGGGAAAAUGGCUGUGCAUAAGUUCUGUCUGUAAUUAAGGUGCAUUGUUGUAGGUAUGUAGCAGCUGUGGUUUAGAUAGGAUUGAGGACUUUAUACUUGGUAUUAUUAGUUUACACCUAUAUUAUAGAACAUAGUGGAAGUGAAUUCUCCCCUGGUUCUACCUUUUUUCUUGGAGGGUGUCUAUGCUGUAUUAGCUAUAGUAAGGGACAUGCUAAGGUCACCACAGGGAGUAUUUCUGAACUUACUCACUUCAGACUCUAAGCCUUAGCCUGUUUCUGAUGUCCACUCACAAAUUAUCCUGUAAUAAAAACAGCAAAAAAAGCAAAAGUCAACCUUUUGAGAUUUUUAAAACAGACUUUCCCACUGUGGUCUACCCAGAUGAUCCCUUUGCUCAACACAAACAUUUGUGACAAGGAGUGUGAAGCUGAACUGGGGGCUAUCCUCGCUAUAUCUGCUCAGAAGAAGUACCCAUUAAUUUGAAAUUAGUAUUAUUAAAAGCUGAGAACGAGUUUGUGGGAGGCAAAUUUACUGGUUCCUCCUCACAAGAGCCUCUGUUCUGGCUCAAAGAGCAGGACGGGCGGUCUGGAGGCGGCUGGGCAGCUCUCGGCGAUGCCGCAGGUGCCGUUUCCAAGGGAGCGGGCCCGGCACGGCGGCAGUUGGAGCCUCGGGGCGGUUCCGCCCGCGCUGGCCCCUUCCAGGUUCUAUCCCCGCUCGGGCGGGGGCGGCCGGUGCCGGCGGCAGCGAUGGGGCCGCUGCCGGGGCUCCUGCUGCUGCUGCUGCUGCUGCUGCCGCUGCCGGGCGUGGCGGGGGGCCCCGGGGCCCGGCGGGCCCGGCCCGCGGAGCCGCACGCCGCCUGGGUGACGGUGCCGCGGCAGCUGAGCCCCCGCGGCGGCGAGGACGCCCCGGCCCUUUCCUACUGGCUGAACGUGGCGGGGCGGCCGCGGGUGCUGCGCCUGCAGCCCAGGAGGGGCCUGGUCUCCCGCCCCUUCACCCUGGUCACCUACGGCCCGGACGGGACCCGCCGGGAGGAGCACCCCUUCGUGCGGGACAACUGCUUCUACCAGGGCGACGUGCUGGGAAGCCCCGGCUCCCUGGUGGCCCUCAGCACCUGCGGCAGGGGCCUCCACGGCGUGCUCUGGGUGGAGGAUGACACCUACCAGAUCGAGCCCGUCCCCAACGAUCCGGCCUUUCGGCACAUUCUCUCCCGCAUGGAGGAGGCCAACAGCCCCGAGGGAACCAGCUGCGGACUGACGCCAGAGGUACUGCAGCAACAAAAGGCUGUGCUGCCAUGGUUUAAGGCUCCCAAGGCAGAGGAGGAGAACGAAAAGCUGAAGGACUGGUGGACGCACAUCAGGUAUGUGAAGAUAGUAGUGGUCGUGGACCGCGUGCUGUUUGUGAAGUCAGGCAGGAGCAAAUCCCAAGUCUUGAAGCAUAUCAUGCAAGUCAUCAAUUCCGGGGACAUUUUGUACAAACAGCUUUCUGUGCGGCUGUUUCUUAUAGGACUGGAGAUCUGGACUGAAAAUAACUUUAUAAAUGUUACUAACUCUAUUCCCCAGGUACUUAAUGCCUUUAACAUCUGGAGAAAGUCAAACCUGUUACCUCGGAUGUACCACGAUACUGCUCAUUUAUUUGCAUUUCAGUGGUUUGGAAGCAGCCUGGGAUUGGCAUAUAUAGGGACAGUCUGUGAUACGCACUGGUCAGCAGCUGUUAUUUCCGACACUGAGAAACAGUUGUCUUCACUUGUUAUCACAUUUGUACAUGAGCUGGGCCAUAAUCUUGGGAUGACCCAUGAUAAACCAGAAUGCAAUUGCAAACGCAAGACAUGCAUUAUGUAUGAAAACAAUGCUGAAACGGAUUCGUUCAGUGACUGCAGUUACAAAGAGUACUUUAAUCUGGUUGUAAGUGGCGCUACAUGCCUUCGUCAACCACCAGCACCUGGCACUUUCUACACCGAUAAACAUGAAUACUGUGGGAAUAAGAUAGUAGACAGAGGAGAGCAAUGUGACUGUGGUUCAGCAACAAGCUGCCAGAGGGAUCCUUGUUGUCGCUCAAACUGUACAUUUACUGCAGGUUCAGAGUGUGCAUCUGGAAAAUGCUGCAAGAACUGUAAGGUCCUUCCAGCAGGAACACUUUGCAGAGCAAGUACUGGCAGCUGUGACCUGCCAGAGUAUUGCAAUGGGAUUUCCCCUCAGUGCCCACUGGAUGUAUACGUACAAGAUGGAGCUCCUUGCAAUGAUGGUAUUUAUUGUUAUAAAGGAAAAUGUUCUUCCCACAGUGAAAAGUGCCGGCAUCUCUUUGGCAAACAAGCCAAGGUUGCCCCUUUAGAUUGCUUCAAAGCAGUGAAUACUCAAGGUGACCGGUUUGGGAAUUGUGGUAUUCCUGACAAUAUCCAUUUUACAAAAUGCAGUACUAAGAAUGUCUUAUGUGGUAGGAUUCAGUGUGAAAACAUAGUCAAAAUACCUUUCUUGCAGAACCAUGUAACAGUAGUCCAAACUCCGGUUGGAGAUAAAAAUUGUUGGGGUCUCGACUAUCACCUAGGGGUGCCAAGAACAGAUGUGGGAGCUGUGGAAGAUGGCACACCAUGUGGUAGUGAUAUGCUUUGUAUCAACAGGACAUGUAUGAGUGUAUUAGUGCUGAACUACGACUGCAACAUGACAAAGUGUCAUGACAGAGGGGUGUGUAACAAUCGUAAGAACUGUCACUGUAAGUAUGGCUGGGCUCCACCAUAUUGUGAAUUGGAAGGAUUUGGAGGUAGCAUUGACAGUGGACCCCCUCCAAUUAGGAGGGCUCAGAGAGCAAGAGUAAGAAUAGCACUAUUUGUUUUUUUUUCUAUGUGUAUUGUUGGAGUAGCCCUUUCCAUCUGUUAUAGACAGGAAAUAGAGGGAUGGCUUACGAAGAAAAAACUCCAAUUCCAUAGAAUAUCACAGUUUUUUCAAAGACUGAAAAAACCAAAAGUUCCUAAAGGAAACUUGCCUGCUGGUGAGUCAAAAUCCACCAAAGUUUAAAAAGCAGUAUCUUUGGAUUCUCUUGAGGAAAUCUCCCUUUAGCGGAGCCAUCUGAUAACUCAUCCAAAUAAUUCAACAGGUUCUGAACAGCUCUAAUCUCAUCUGAUAUCAUUAAAUGCAGAGUAAACCUUAUCUCUGUAUAUUUUCUUUUAAGUUAAUAAAUGCAGGUAGUAAGGCAUACUGUUCUUUGUACCCUGAGUUCUUAAACUGAUGUGCUUAAGUAAACUGCUAGUAUUAUGUUUAUGUUUCAUAUCAACAGUUUAAAAAUGCAAAUUUCUUAAAACAAGUGUAGAUAAAUUACUUGCUUCAGUUUCCUCCUUCACCUAGUAUUUUCAUCAAUUCAGUGAGAGAGAUGUUUGUGAACAUCUUUUGUCAUUCAUUUACAACCAGAGGAAAAAAAUUGCACUUGGAGUCUCCACUGGGUCCUUCCAGGCAAACUAUUCUGUGUCUCUGUGAUUUAAUUCACAUCUGUGACACACAAAAGGUAAGGAACAGGUAUUGCAGUGAGAUACAGGUGUCUCUUUCACAAGUGCUUCCAGCUGUUUACAGGGAGCAGCUCUUCAGGAGGGAGGUAGACCAUAGGAAACAGGGUCUUCCUUUUGUAAAAGAGUACAGAAGGAUUACAACCAGGAAGCAUUGCAUUUCUGAACUAUAAAAUAUAUGUCAACAGUGUAGUGACACCAAAUCUGGCAUUUCACAAGAACAAAUAGUUUUUAUUUCCUGGAGAUUUUCCAGUGUCUUGACUGCUGGCUGCUUCUGAGAAGUGCUGUGUAUUUUAUGGUCUCUAAGAAGAGGUGCCUGUGGGGCUCCCCAAGUUAACUGAAUUUCUAAAAUAUUUUGAAUUAUUCUGCAAGUGUCCCCUACCUACAAUACCUGCAAUAUUUGAUAGAUACUUUAUCUGACAAUCUCAGGUGGUUUCUUUUGGCUUACUCUCUGAAUAACUAUAACUGAAUGUGUCCUUGCAGCUCUAUGGAGUGCCACACAGAAGCAUUGUCAUUUUAAUUUUUUUAAGACAAUAUAAAAUAUGUCCAACUUCUGAAAAAUAUUAAGACAUGAAAAUACCAUUCAGUAAGUUUUAUUGUUAUUAUUUCUAUUACAGCAAUAACUACAUCGUUCUGUAAGAUCAACAUGAAGAGGAGUCUGUAGUCUAGAUCACAGUUAAACCUUUUUUUAAAAGAUGUUUCAGGAUAAAAGGCUAUAAUGCACUUGUCUGCUAACAAAAGAACUAUUUGUAUUUAGAAAAUAAAGAGCACACUUUUAGCAAACAUUCUGUAAAGGCAGGAUAAGUAUCCCAACACUCGGGAAAGUUUGGGAAGAAAGAUGCUGGCGACUCUACAAAUUAUUAUGGUGAACUCUUGCUGCCUCCCAAAUAUAUAUUGUGUGUUUUGAGAA